GGAGGCUGGACCAGACCGACCAACUUCCACACCCACCACAGGAAAAGUCGGGAAAAUACAUCUGUCCGCGCGCAUGACGCUGUUCCGUGUAUCCUGUGUGUGUUUGUCAAACUGUUACGGUGAAUAUCAGGAGGGCGGUAAUCCACCGGAGCGCUUGCGGAGUACUUGCCGCCACUUGGCCGCUGUUGAGGACGGUGUAUCUGGGUUUGCAAAAGCUGGGACGUUUCGCAGCGAUGGAGAGAACGCACUAACCGGAUUUUGAAAUUGUGUUUUUUUUUUUUCCUGGAUUAUCCAUUUUUUCUUUCUUUUUAUUUUUUUUAAACCGACCCGGGUUGCUUUCGGUUUAUAUUUUUCAUUGUAGUGUGGAGUAAGGACAUACUUUGAAAAUGCCUGCGAAAACCAAGUACAACCUCGUUGAUGAUGGGCAUGAUUUGAGGAUCCCGUUGCACAACGAGGAAGCGUUCCAGCAUGGGAUCAACUUCGAGGCAAAGUAUAUCGGCAGCCUGGACGUGACGCGGCCGAGCAGCCGAGUGGAGAUUGUGGCUGCGAUGAGAAGAAUACGGUAUGAGUUCAAGGUGAAAAACAUCAAGAAGAAAAAAGUCAACAUAGUGGUGUCUGUGGACGGCGUGAAAGUCAACCUGAGGAAAAAGAAAAAAAAGGAGUGGACGUGGGAUGAGAGCAAGAUGAUGGUGAUGCAGGAUCCUAUUUACAGGAUAUUCUACGUGUCUCACGACUCCCAGGAUCUGAAGAUUUUCAGCUACAUCGCCAGAGACGGACAGAGUAACGUGUUCCGCUGCAACGUCUUCAAGUCCAAGAAGAAGAGUCAGGCCAUGCGUAUUGUUCGGACCGUCGGCCAGGCGUUUGAGGUUUGUCACAAACUGAGUCUGCAGCACACGCAGCAGAAUGCGGACGGACAGGAGGACUGCCACAGCGAAAAGAACGGCAUCGACUCCUCUGUCACAGCCCGGGAGCUUACAGGCGCAGAGAAGACGCCCACGGUGACCGAGGAGACGGACAUCGACGCGGAGGAGACCGUCCAGUUGCCGGCGGCCGAGGAGUCAAGUCCCGACAGAGGAGUGACGGAUCUGGACGCCACGGCAACGGCAACCGCCACGGUCAAGACGAUUGACCUGAACCACACAGAGAGCCAGUCUUCAGAGGAGGCCUCGCUGCUGAUCUCCAGCCCCAGGAUGCUGCUCCCUGCGUCGGGUGCGCUGCCACCAACCUGCCCUCUCUCUGUCCACCACCAGAUCCAGCUGCUCCAACAGCAGCUCCAGCAGCAGCAGCAGCAGACACAAGUGGCUGUGGCACAGGUCCAUCUGUUGAAGGACCAGCUCAGUGCAGAGGCCACUGCUCGCCUGGAGGCUCAGGCUCGAGUCCACCAGCUGCUGCUGCAGAACAAAGACCUGCUGCAGCACAUCUCCCUGCUGGUUAAACAGAUCCAGGAGCUGGAGACCAAGAUGUCCGGACCACACUCCAUGGGAUCUCAGGACAGUUUGCUGGAGAUCACCUUCAGGUCUACGAUACCUCCUGUGAUCUGCGAUCCAACCACACCAAAACCAGAUGUCUCUUCUCUUAACUUCCCCGCACUGGGCACCAACGACGGGACAAGUAACGCCUUCUCAUCCUCCAACGGGACCCUGGGAAGUCCUCUAGGUAGGGACCAGUGUCUACUCAAACUGGAGUGUUUCCGUUUCCUCCAGGGGCCUCCGCCUCCUCGACUCCCCUCGCCUCCCCCUCCGCUCAAAGCCAACAGGCCAGAGAUCAAAGGUCGAGAGGUAUCCGAGGACACGUCUUUGUUGUCCCGUGAUGUCAAAUCUUUGGGCAGCCUGGACUUUGCCAGGUUUCGUGAGUCAGGUAUCGCCUCGGAGUACGAGUCGAAUACGGAUGACAGCGAUGACAGUGAGGGGGAGGACGAUGAGGAGGCGAUGGAGAUCUUUGGCUGGGGGGCGGACGAGGAGACAGUAAGGCUUCUCAAUGUUCUCAACAGACAGGGGACUCCUGACUGUCUGGGGGAUGAAAUAGCGGUGUAACAAACUAACCUGCACCCCUGAAAAAUCCUGUCGGAGAAAACACAAUUACCUUGAUCUGUUAUUGUCUGUUUUGAAAGAAUAACCAUGUAGCAAACUAACCUCUGUCAGACGUGUACAGUUACUGUAUGCAUACCAGGCUUACAUCAGUAUAGUGGGAGAAAAGGAAGGGCUGAAAUAGAUGAACCAACGUUGAUCUUUGGUAGGUAGGAGGUAGAGGCAGCUGGAAAAGUCCUGAUCUUGUUGAAGUACAUAUCAAGGUCUUGGUUGGUGAUCAGAGGGAACCUGAACAUAUCUUUCGGUUAGGUCAAACUUAUCAAAUAAAUCUGACAUCCAUGGAUGCCAACUGCAAAGAACAGGAGCGACUUUAUUAGAAAUGGGUUGGCUUCAUGCGAAGUACCAACAAUUUAAACUAUAAUAGUGUGGUCUCAUAGAGGUACCUGAAAGAUGCCAAGAGGUUGUUGCCACAGCUUUGUGUGAGAUCAGUUGAAAAUCACAUUUUUCUUCUUUUCUCACUGACGGAUGUGCUGUGUUCUCAAUGCUGCCACUAGUGGCAAAAUGACACUAUUGAUGUUAAUUGAUUUAUUUCAUUGAGUAGAUAAGUUGCUAUAGAAACCAUUUUCCUCUUCCCAGUGGGACAGUUUAACAAUUUCUCGUACAAAAUAUAUAUAUAUUUGUAUAUUGUAUUAUUCAGAUUAUUUAUUUACUGUUAUUUAUAUGUUCUUUUAAGUUUACAGACUGACAGACAGCUGUGGAUCAGGGAGCUUGAGUUCAACAAGUAAUGUGAAUAUACGUCAGGUUCUUGUCCAGUCAUGGAAGUUGUCAACUACGGCAUACGUUUUCCACAUUCGUUGUCUAAUCGCUGCUAGUAAAUGGUUAGCUUGUUUAAAAAUCAUGUGAGUAAAGUAAGAUUACAAGUUCAUUCCAAUUCAGUCCGACCAUAGACUGUAUGUCAGAAGUGGACAAUGAGACCCUCUGGUUGGCAGACGAUAGUUUUGAAAGCCUCGAGUUUUGGCUCUCGGGCCAUCACCAUCUUGUUUUUCCAGAUAUAAAAGUUAACGUAUUUAGACAUAAGGGUUGGAUUGUUUCACCUCUCUCUGUCUCACUUGCCCUGAACGCAACUUGCCAAACACAAGUAGACCGGUUUAUAGCACACUUUGCUUUCUGAUAUUUCUUAAUCUAUAUAUUACUCUCUUUACUCUGGAAGCUGGAAACAAGAUGAACAUUAUUCUAAUCGUCUGAGCAUAAGAAACUAACAAUUAAGCCAUGAAACCAUUGGAAAAAUGGACUUCUGAUAGACUUCCCUGUACAAUCUGUCUUAUUUCUUUUAAAAACACAGAGUCGCCUUCUGCUGGCUGUUGGUAAGAAUGCAGGUUUAAGGUACUUCGACAACAUCUUCACUUUAAAACCAAGAAGCUAUGUCCACUUCUUAAAAACUGUCUAUGGUCUGAACACACCUUUGCACCUGUAAAACAGAUAUCUGAAUCUGAUUUCUUAUCUAUAUGCAAACUGAUGCAUUUUCCCUUAUUCCUCCAAACCUGUCGCUUUUUUCCUUCCCAUUCUCUUGCCUUUUUUUUCUUUAUUUCACACACUGACCUCUUGUAUGCAUACAACACAGACUCCCAAAAUGUACCCCUACCACCCUGUUUUGAAUUUAUGCUAAAAGUCAUUUUCCUUCAACGGUUUAAACUUUUAUGUGCGUCUGUAUUUCCCAUAAAGAUUUUUUAGGAUGUCGCAUGAAGUGAAACCAAAAGUAAGGGGUUAAUGAUUAGAUUGGAUUGGAUGCAGAGCUGCCAAACACACUGGCAGAAAGAACAGAUUUGGACAGGGGGACUGAUGGGCUCUUGUCUUCGCUGGAGUGGCUCUUCUGAUGAGAUGAACACUUGAGGAGGAACUUUAUUACCUUCUCCAUGUUUGGAAUGGACAAGUCCUUCCUUGCUCUGCACAUAAUGGCUGAAAAACUCUGUAUGUAUGUAAACUUUAUUUUCUAUAUCAUCCUACUGAACUCUUGAACUGUUGAACCGCCCUCGACUUCUGCCGGCUGCCCUCUUUUUGUCUCCUCAAGAUUUGUUGACUUGUUAGUCGGAGCAUGUUUGCACUUCACUUGUCCGCACAUUUUCUCACUUUUUAAUUUAUGUAAAGCCGGGAUUAGUUGGACCUCUAGGAACCGCUGUUUUUUUUUUGUUCGUUUUUUUUUUAUUCAUCCCAUAAACAAAAACCUCUUCCCUCAUGCCAGAACAGCAGCUCACGGAUGGCAAUGGAAAGUGGUCUCAUUUGUUAAACCCCAGCUCUGUGUAUGGCCUCCAAGCACAAUGCCGUAUUAAAGUGUUCAUUUUGUUUCA